UAGAAAGAACAAGUGAUCAUAUUUUGGUCCAAAUCCAUGAUUAGAGAGAGACAGAUUGAAUGUGAAAUGAGACUUUUAAGAACACAAAGUCAUCUUUGUUAGAAAUAAUUGACCAAUUGAAUUGAAAUUUCUGACUAAUUUGAUCGGCGGCUAAAACCCACAUCUACCCUGAAAUUCCUUUGCAAAUUUAUUCCAUUCUCCAAAGUCCAAAUCAAACUCCAUUGAAGACUUUUGUCAACUUCAACGCCUACUUUUCUUGCACAAAAAACCCCCCAUUUUUCAGUUUUUUUCUUCUACUAAUUACAGUAUUAAUUAAGCUCAUUUGCACCCAUUUUUAAGUAAUUGGAACUGUUUUGGGUUUUGUUAAUCUUUGAUUAACAUUCACAAAUGAUGAAAACUCGAAGCAGUGGUAAAAUCUCCACGAAAUGGAUUCCAAUCUUUUGCAUCUCUUUCUUCUUCAUUGGCAUGCUCUUCACUAACAGGUUGUGGGAACCGCCAGAAUCUGAUAAUAAGCUGAUUGCAAGUCAUCAGCAGAAUGAAGAGCUCAAAGUGAUUUGUGAGGAUUGUGGGACGAAAAAGAAAUCCAAAGAUGAUACAGAUGUAAUGGAAGAAGUAUCAAAAACCCAUGAAUCAAUCAAAAUGCUUAGGUCAUUAGACAAAUCGAUUUCAAUGCUUCAAAUGGAAUUGGCUGCUUCAAGGGGCUCCAACAAGGAGCUGGUUCACCCUAGAGAGUCUGUAGGGACUGUUAUUAAACAAAAUGGAAAACCAAAGAAAAAGGUUUUUGUGGUGAUUGGAAUCAACACUGCUUUUAGUAGUAGGAGACGGCGUGAUUCGGUGAGGGAGAGUUGGAUGCCUCAAGGAGAAAAAUUGAAAAAGUUGGAAAAAGAGAAGGGAAUUGUUAUACGAUUUACGAUUGGUCACAGUGCUACAUCAAACAGCAUAUUAGAUCGAGCAAUUGAUUCGGAGGAAGCUCAGCAUCAUGACUUUCUCAGGCUGGAGCAUAUUGAAGGAUAUCAUGAACUGUCUGCAAAAACCAAGAUAUACUUUUCCACAGCUGUUGCAAAAUGGGAUGCUGAUUUUUAUGUCAAGGUGGAUGACGAUGUACAUUUAAAUUUAGGUGUUUUUGCGUCAACUCUUGCUCAUUAUCGAUCAAAACCAAGAGUGUAUAUCGGAUGUAUGAAAUCUGGACCCGUUCUGGCUGAUAAGAAUGUUAAGUACCAUGAACCAGAAUUCUGGAAGUUUGGGGAAGAUGGAAACAAGUACUUCCGCCAUGCAACGGGGCAGAUCUAUGCCAUCUCCAAAGAUUUGGCAACAUAUAUUUCUAUAAAUCAGCCUAUACUGCACAAAUUUGCAAAUGAAGAUGUAUCCCUUGGUUCAUGGUUUAUUGGUCUUGAUGUGGAACAUAUUGAUGAACGCAGUAUGUGCUGUGGAACUCCUCCAGACUGUGAAUGGAAAGCACAAGCAGGAAAUGUCUGUGUAGCAUCAUUUGAUUGGAGUUGCAGUGGAAUUUGCCAAUCUGUAGAGAAGAUGAAAUUUGUUCAUGAAAAAUGUGGUGAAGGCGAUGAUGGAGUUUGGGGUGUAUCAUUGUGAUAAAAGACUAACUUCUGCUUAAGUUCAAGCAAUGACCAAAACCACCAUUGAAAGUGAGUUUGGUUCAAGAUUACAGAUUGCAGGAAGACUCUACACACCAUUGAAAGUGAGUUUGCUUAUCUUGGGUGUAGAAUGUGCACGAAUCUGUACAACACGUAAACACUGACAUGUAAUAGUUUUUCCGCGAAGUGAUACAAUUUUGAUGUAUGUGUAUAGGCGGGGGGCGUGCUUUAGGAAUUGCUCAAUUUUUUGGGAAGGUGUUAUCUUUCAAAGUUUGCCCCAUAUUGGCAAAAAUACAUGUCUUUUGUUGAUCUUGUAAGGUUUAUCCUGUGUUGUAAUUGAAUUUAUUGAUGAUGAAAGUUUCUAAUCUAAUGGUUUGAUAGAAUGUGCACGAAUCUGUACAACACGUAAACACUGACAUGUAAUAGUUUUUCCUCGAAGUGAUACUCCCUCCGUUC